CCUCUUGCUCCGAUUUUUCUCCCUCUGCAGCGCGAAGGAGGUAACCAGGACACCGACGGCAAGGCGACGACCAGGGCGGACAGCAGCUCCCCUUUCGGCGAUUUCCCCCUCUGAUGGGCAAGAAGUAAAAGAAGUUAAUUUGUGCAGCUGUGUCAUAUACGCUUCUCGUCAUGUCGGCCUUGGUUGUCCGGUCUGGGAAAAGGAAAAGUAGGACUGAAUGCAUAAGCUAUGGACUCAUGGAUGAGACAGAUAGGGUGAGAAGACAGUAUUUUGAGGACAAAAUAUGGAAGGAUGAUGCAACUUGUUUGAACAUGCUUAGGCUUGGGAGAGGACCUUUCUUCCGGUUUUGUCAACUUUUAAGGGACCGCAGGUUGCUUCAAGACACGAUUCAUAUGUCUGUUGAGCAGCAAGUUGGCACGUUCUUGCACACUGUUGGACACAACGUUAGGGAUGCGCCAGCUGGGGACAAUUUUCGUAUAACCGGUGAAGUUGUUAGUCGUUAUUUCAAAAAAGUCAUCCAUGCCAUUGGAGAGCUACGGCACGACCUUAUUAGAGAGCCCUCAUCAGCGACCCCAACCAAAAUAGAAGGGAAUCACCAAUGGGAUCCAUACUUUAAGGAUUGUGUUGGAGUUAUUGAUGGCACACAUGUACGAGCCUCUGUUACAGAAGACAUGGAGCCUCGCUGUCAUGGUAGAAAGACCCAUGCCACUCAAAAUGUGAUGGCGGCUGUUGAUUUUGAUCUUCGGUUCACAUUUGUGUUGGCUGGUUGGGAGGGGUCAGCACAUGAUGCUCAAGUUUUACGUGAUGCUUUGAAACGUGAAAAUAGUCUACGUGUCCCACAAGGAAAAUUCUAUCUAGUUGGUGCUGGACAUGGAGCCAAACCAGGGUUCUUGCCUUCUUUUCGUGGUGUGAGGUCCCAUUUAAAUGAGUGGGGGGACAAUCUUAUUCAAGAUGAGAAGGAAUUGUUUAACCAUAGACAUUUUUCUCUUCGUAUGACCGUAAAGCGUGCAUUUGGGUCACUCAAGGAGAGAUUCAAAAUCCUUGAUGAGGCCAAGCCAUUUUUCUCCUAUCCUACUCAAGUAGACGUUGUUAUAGCUUGUUGCACUGUUCACAACUGGGUUAUAAAUGAUGGGAUAGAUGAAUUUAUCAUACCCGAGGCUGAAUGUGUUGCCAAUAUUAACCAUGCUCCAACGACAAGUGGCCAAGCAAAUGGACUUGCAAACAUGGUUAGUUUUCAGCAGGGAAUCGCCAAUCAAAUGUGGGAAGACCGACAAAACUACUUGCAGCACAGUAGUAUGUAAUAGCUUCAUUUGAACCAUUGUAAUAUCGUAAUGUUGUAAUCGGAACCCUUGUACUUCCUGGAAUUUGUUUGUAAUGUCACAUUAUGUGCUGAAAUGAACACCAGUCCAAUCCCAAGGCA